AUGGCAGCUUGGAUGCAGCUGUCCGGCCUGAUUGACCAGGUGCAGAGAGUGCCGACAACGCUGUUAUUGGCUGUUGCUUCCUUCCUGGUCCUUUUCUCUGCAGUGCUGUUGUAUCUCGGGUUGUUCAUUGUUGCUCCCGUUCCUCGCUCACCGCACGAUUCGGAGAAGCAAUACAUCACCAUCCUACCCGACGGAUCGAUCAGCAAGCCCGAAACGCAACCGUGUUGGUUCGACAAACACGUGUCCCUCAGAGCGCAAGCUCGCAAUGGAAAGAUAGCUACAAGCGACGCCUUCAGACCCGGUGAAGCCGAAGUCCUGGUCACCGUCGUAGUCCCGGCAUACAAUGAAGAGCAACGGAUGAGUGGCAUGCUGGAGGAGGCCGUGGAAUACCUGCAAUCAACCUUCCCACAACCGCUAGACUGUUCGUCUGUUGUCAGCGACAAGCCCAAGGGUUGGGAGAUUCUCAUCAUAUCCGACGGCUCUACCGACAAGACCAUCGACACGGCACUAUCAUUUGCUCGUUCCCACCAGCUCUCCACACAUCCACCCACACCGACCGGCCCUUGGACUUCCAACACAGGUCCCAAGACGCGAUCAAAGUCUGCUCCCAAGGUUGAGACCGUUUCUACCACCAUUCCCCACGGCAGUGUCCGUGUCAUCUCCUUGGAGCAGAACAGAGGAAAAGGCGGCGCUGUCACCCAUGGUAUGCGCCAUGCCCGAGGCGCAUACAUCGUCUUCGCCGACGCAGAUGGUGCUUCUCGCUUCUCAGACCUGGGCAAGCUGAUGGAGAAUUGUGACCGCGUUGCCGAUGACAAGGGGAGAGCUGUUGGAGUUGGAAGUAGAGCACACAUGGUUGGCAGCGAAGCCGUUGUCAAGCGCUCCUUCUUACGAAACGCUCUCAUGCACUCGUUCCACCUCCUGCUCCGCCUCCUCACACCUCCGGCUACAUCAUCGAUCAAGGACACCCAAUGCGGCUUCAAGCUUUUCACGCGGCCUGCACUUCCUUACAUCAUUCCUUACAUGCAUAGCGAGGGUUGGAUCUUUGACGUUGAGAUGCUCAUGCUCGCCGAAAGCGCUGGCAUACCCAUGGCCGAAGUCGCAAUUGGCUGGAAGGAAGUCGGAGGCAGCAAACUUAAUGUUGUCUGGGACUCUCUAGGCAUGGCGUGGGGACUGGCCGUUUUGAGAGCUGCAUGGAUGGUCGGCGUUUAUCGAAGAGAUGUUUGA